AUGCUGUACCAUUUGUGUUUCAGGAUUAUCUUAGACUUCAUCUUCUUUUCUUCAGUGGUUUUCUCCAGGGUGACGAUUAGCAAAGACGGCCCUGGCCGCCUACUCGGAUUCGAAGGCCUAGCAUACCAAGCUAUUCGAUACGAACCGCUCUGCGGAAACCUAGGUAGAGCUUAUCCAAACUCGAUCGACACAGGAUUCGACGCAAGUUGUCGGCCAGCCAUAGAAUACUUCGUCAAUACCACAGAUAGUCUUGCAUUCUACGACAUCACAGGUCAAGAGCUCACCGGGGUCCGAGUUGGGGGUGGGCGAGAUCUAUGUAUGUGUUUCGCUAUGAAGGAUUCAGCUAGAAGUACUUUCGCAGGUGCCCUGUGCGUAUGGGUCUAUGGAAACGACGGCCAAGCCGAGGACGCGGGUGGGUCUAUAGUAGGGAGUUAUCGGCCUGCAGUGGCGCUGGAUAAAGCGUUACCAGUCUGUGGUGGUAGUUUUGAUCUAGAAGCCGCGAGAGAGACAUGGUCUCGGACUGCGGUGCAAGCCUCUGCGGUGGAGCCCGAGACCAGAGCGGCAUCUACGGUCAAUGUAGUAAAUUCUAUUGGUGAAGGAUCGAUAUCUACGAAAGAAAUCACGAAAAUAGAUAUCAGAACUGUGAUGAACACCUCGGAUGUCAAUAAGGAUCUAACACCAUCUUGUUUUGAAUACACACUAGUAGUAUCAUCUAUAAGUACAGUGAUUUAUACGACAACAGGUACUAAUGGAGUACCAAUCACCGUAACGAGUGUUACAACCAUCGAAAGUGCUGUUAGCCCGGAGUUUUCAGAUCCUAAAGGCCAAAAGAACCGAGGACUCGAUUCAGGCGCAAAACUUUCGCUAGGGCUUGGCCUAGGAAUUGGAUUACCAGGGGUUGCCCUACUUUCCCUGGUGGUGUAUAGGCGGGUGGCUGUGGCUCGCAGGAAGGAAAGAGGACUUUCCAAAGUUGAGCCAGGAAGUCUAGGGACUGGGAUUAUCAAUGGGUCUACAACUGGUGGCACAUCUGGCACUUGA